UUUUUCUCCUUCUAAUCCUGUAGAUUACCACUGCACAGUCUGCUGGCUGUGAGUUCUUCGUUGCGCUGUGCAGGUUCUUUACAUUGAUUUUUUUCUUUUUUUUUUGUAGCCACCACAUCGAUGAAUUAAGUUGACUAAGAUGGAUGCAAGCUGUUGAGGAGAGGUCAAAGGGAGGCGGAAUUGCAGAUUUUGCAGGUGGGACAAAACUUUAAAAGCAUCAUAUGUGACUGGGUAAAGCAGGAAUGCAUUCUGAGGUGGAUUAUCCAAAACACAACAUGGAUUCCUAAAUGUUUUUAUGGCGAUAUAGGAGAUAUAUAUAUUUUUUGUCUAAACAAAGAAUAGGUGAGAGCAACAACCCUACACCUCAGUAGGUCAUCGGCUGAGCAAAUAGGAUCAUCUCUUGGGACUAAUGCAGACGGUCUCCAUCGCUCAGUGAAAUGGAGACAGAGCCGUGUUGUGAGGAGCAGAGGGAUGGUGUUUUGGAUCCCACAGAGCCUGAGGUGGCAGAACCCAUUUCUGAACCCGCAGACUGCGAUCCUCUGAACAAACUGCCUUGUGGGCCUCCAGAACAAGGUGAAGAGCUCUGUGGGAAAGACCCAUCUGAACUCGAGAACCAUGCAGUCGAGAGUAAAGACAAGGAGAUGAAAAGCUUAUCCAACUGCGAGCAAGAGAGACGACAAGCAGAAUGCAAGGUAGAGAAAAAACUGAAGAAAACAAACAGCUGGAAGAUGGUCCGGUUUCAAGACCCCUCGACAGAAGAGGAUGUUGUGGAGAGGGACAGCUCAGCAGAGAUUCUCUUUCCAGAAUACGCUGUGGAAGAAUGGACAUGUGCUCAGUUUGAGGAGCUCUUCGCGGCAGAGGACUGGGAGAACAUCACAGAGGACCAGCUGUUGAGGAAGAAAAUUCUGGAAUCAGGAGACGAACAGGUCCCACGCUCCACCUGGGGUCAAGAGGUCACUGUGAAGAUGCAGGGCGUUCUUGAGGACCGGACUGUGGUGGAGAAGGACUGCAAACUUGUCUUUGUUAUCGGAGAGGGAGAUGUAAUACAGGCUCUAGAGGAGUGUGUCAUGUCCAUGCAAAAGGGGGAGAUCACAUUACUGCUGGCAGAUUCCCAGUAUGCCUAUGGACUUCUGGGAAGAGAGCCUGACAUCCCUGCAUGGGCUCCACUACUCUACCAACUGCAGCUGCUGGACAUCAGAGACAAACCGGACCCGGAAACUCUGCCCAUCGCCGACCGCAUCCGCGUUGGCAACCAGAAGAGAGAGCGAGGAAACUUUCAUUUCCAGAGAGAGGAGUACAGCCUGGCUGCCAGAGCUUAUUAUGUAGCUCUGGAGGUGCUGACCACACACAGCCAAGAUGGCAACGAUGUUGGCAUGAAGGAGGAGGAGGAAGAGGUGCGGGAAUACCGGGUGAAGUGUCUGAACAACCUGGCCACCGCUCAGCUCAGACUGGAGCAGUUCGACGAGGCACUGCACACCAGCCGGGACGUCCUGACCCUCCAGCCCAACAACGUCAAGGCUCUUUUCAGGACCGGAAAGCUGCUGUCAGAUAAGGGCGAAUACAAAGAGGCCAUGGAGGUGCUAAAACAGGCCUUGAAACUGGAGCCAACCACCAAGGCAAUCCAUGCAGAAUUGUCCAAACUUGUCAAACAACAAUCGGGAGGCAAAGAUACGCAACAGUGGAGAGUCAAACCAGCAAAGGGACUUUCCUGGAAGUUCAUCCUGGGAGCUCUGGUGGUGGCCUUGGGCAGCUUGGUGACGUCUGUGAUUAUGACCGCAAGAAACUAAAAAUCCUCAGCAGGAAGGAAAAAAAUAUGCGAUUCACUGGAGCUGAUCGAUUUCCAGUUGUCUUCCAGCAGGUCCCCACCGUAUGAGCGGCACAGCCGGGAAGAAAACUGAACUUGAGCUUUGAAUGUUUUUACUGAAAAGUGGAUUUUUAGAAGAGAGUCAGUUGAUAAGUUUAUAAAAGUUGUUUGCAGUCAGUUUUAUUUGGGGAAGGGGUUGCCUUUAUUUUUGCUUACAAACAUGCUUUAAAAAGUG